UUAUGUUGGACUUAAGAACCAAGGAGCAACUUGUUACAUGAAUUCUCUCCUACAAACCUUAUACCACAUACCGUACUUCAGAAAGGCUGUGUAUCACAUGCCAACAACUGAAAAUGACGUUCCCACGGGAAGCAUUCCUUUGGCUUUGCAGAGUCUGUUCUAUAAACUUCAAUAUAAUGACACCAGUGUUGCGACAAAGGAGCUGACAAAAUCUUUUGGAUGGGAUACAUAUGAUUCAUUCAUGCAACAUGAUGUUCAAGAACUCAAUAGAGUCCUAUGUGAGAAGCUUGAAGAUAAAAUGAAGGGAACUGUGGUAGAGGGGACAAUACAACAGUUAUUUGAGGGUCAUCAUAUGAAUUACAUUGAAUGCAUCAAUGUGGACUACAAAUCUACAAGAAAGGAAUCAUUUUAUGAUCUCCAGCUCGAUGUCAAAGGCUGUAGAGAUGUUUAUGCCUCUUUUGACAAGUAUGUUGAAGUUGAACGCCUUGAGGGUGAUAAUAAGUACCAUGCUGAAGAACAUGGUUUGCAGGAUGCAAAGAAGGGCGUAUUGUUUAUUGACUUCCCACCUGUACUUCAACUUCAGCUAAAGCGGUUUGAAUACGAUUUUAUGCGGGACACUAUGGUGAAGAUAAAUGAUCGUUACGAAUUCCCUCUUCAACUUGAUCUUGAUAGAGAUGAUGGAAAGUACUUAUCACCUGAAGCAGAUAGGAGCGUUCGCAAUCUUUACACACUUCACAGUGUCUUGGUUCAUAGUGGAGGAGUGCACGGUGGACAUUACUAUGCUUUUAUAAGGCCGACGCUCUCUGAUCAGUGGUAUAAAUUUGACGAUGAACGGGUAACAAAAGAAGAUAUGAAGAGGGCAUUGGAAGAGCAGUAUGGUGGUGAGGAAGAGUUGCCGCAGACAAAUCCUGGCUUCAAUAAUACUCCAUUUAAAUUCACUAAAUACUCAAAUGCUUACAUGCUUGUAUAUAUUCGGGAAUGUGACAAGGACAAAAUAAUUUGUAAUGUUGAUGAAAAAGACAUUGCUGAGCACCUGAGGAUAAGGUUAAAGAAAGAACAGGAGGAGAAGGAAGACAAGAGAAGAUACAAAGCGCAAGCACACCUCUUUACGAUAAUAAAGGUUGCAAGAGAUGAAGACCUUGCUGAGCAGAUUGGAAGGGACAUAUAUUUUGACCUUGUUGAUCAUGAAAAAGUCCGUAGUUUUCGUAUACAAAAGCAGACGCCAUUUCAGCAUUUUAAGGUACUGGUUAUCCUUUCAGUUUGA